GCCCGCCUCCCUCACUCCUCCAGCAGACUCCGCCACGCCAGACACGCCCUCCUGCUCCCUCCGUCGCCAGCUCUCACACACCUUUGGGCGACUCAUCUGCCUCUGCUGACGCCACCUCCGGACCUCCCUUCCACCUUCGGGAUGCGGUCUGCUGUCGUUGCUGUGCUGGUCCUGCUGGCCGUCUGCUGGUCGCCCGCGGCAGGCAGAGGCCACAUCUUUAGCAACACGCGGUUCCGUCCCGAAGCUGGACCAAACUGGGGGUACGGAGGUUUCGGCCAGCACUACCAGGGCGAGCGCAUCAUGUCGCCCCGGGAACAGCUGCUGGAGGCUCUGCUGGGGGGCGAGGAGCUACUGGAGGAGCAGCUGUGUGAGGGUCGCCGCUGCACCGCCAAUGAACAGUGCUGCAGCGGCCACCUGUGUGUGGAGUUUGACGGAGCCUCCGGUACGUGCAUGUCAGCAGCGGCCCAGCGUGAGGGGUCCGAGUGCGUGGGUGACUCAGAGUGCGGCGCUGGAAUGUACUGCGACCUGGGUGCCUGCGUGCCAUUCCAGGGCAAGAAACGCUACAACGAGCCCUGCAGUCUAAGCUCUGAGUGCGAGAUCGAGCGUGGCCUCUGCUGUCAGCUUGUCCGACGCCACCGCCAGGCCCCCAAAACACUGUGUGGGUACUUCAAGGACCCCAUGAUUUGUCUCGGCCACGUCAACACGGACCAGGUAAAGCAGGCGGAGGACAAACACUAAGGACGGUGUGGGCUGUGUGUUCGUCCGUACGUACAUCUGUUCAACACGUGGUUCAGUACACCAAGGGAGAGAAGAGGCUAACAGGGAGGACCUACGAGUACAUAACGGUGUGAGAAGAGAAUGAGACCGUCACAUCUUUCACAACGGAAUUCUGAAGCGUUAUCCAAGGAGAGAGAGAGAGAGAGAGAGAGAGAGAGAGAGAGAGAGAGAGAGAGAGAGAGAGAGAGAGAGAGAGAGA